UAUUUUUCUUUUUUCGGAGUUUCAAAGAAACGAAACCUCACCGACAACUAGAGGAGGAGAGCAUGUGACGUGCAUCAUGGUUGAAUUCCCACUUCUUCCAUCCAUUCCAUGCAGGCCAAGUUUCCACCCUUCCGCAAGCCUGAAGUUUCCCCCACACAAAGUGGCUCCCCCUGAUGUGAUUUUCCCAUUCCCCUCCCUUCCAGCCCACCCAUCAUCCUGCGCCCAAGAGAAAGCGGUGUUGGGAAAGGAGGAGAUGGAGAGGAGAUGAUGAUCAUGAGCACCCUCUCCCCUUCCUUCCAGUGGCCGAUUAAUAUCUCACGAUAGUGACAUGAUUGGAUCCUUUUCAUGCCCUAGGAGUGGGUGGCGGGUCGUCCGGCUAUAUAUAGGGUGGGGAUUCUGGUGCUGGAUGGGGG